GAGACAGCACAGCAGAAGGACAGCAGUGCUCAGUGAGUGCAAGCCGCAGACUCCACUCACACGCAACGAGUGCCAGAGGUGGACUUUCUCCCGGCUUAUGGUGGAUUUCUCAGCGGAGGGGCCCCUGCUGCACUCAGCCCAAAGCAUUGACCGCCCCGGUGCCGGGUUCCCCGCAGACGCCCGCGAUGGAUUGAAAAGUUUUGCUGCCUAAACUUUCUCCGGGGAUCUGUUACAGCCUGUUACCUGCUCGCAGUUCUUGGGGAGGGGGGACGUUGGAUUUGGGGCUCGUGUUUGCGCAUGGUUCUGGCCGCCCUGUGAUCGGGGGCUGGUGAUUAUGGAGUGUGCCUGACCCCAGCUACUUGGGGAGAGCAGAUCUGAAGUUUAAAGAUCCAGAGGGGAUUGGGGACACCUCCCUAGAGCCCUCUCUGGAGCUCCCAGCAAAGCCAAUUCGGAAUAUCUCAUCGCUCGGACCCCUGCGGUUGGGACUUGGAACCAUGAACUUUAUAAUCUCGUGGAUCAAGUGGAGCUUGGCUGUAGUGGUUUAUCUGAGCUCUGCCCAGUUGUCACGGACGGCCCCCACAGCAGGAGCGGAUCAUAAACCCACAGAAGUGGUGCCGUUCUUGAAGGUGUACGAGCGAAGCAUCUGCCAGGUGCGGGAGAACAUGGUGGACAUCUACCAGGAGUACCCGGACGAGGUGGAAUAUAUCUUUAAGCCGUCCUGCGUGCCCUUGAUGCGGUGUUCGGGAUGCUGCAACGACGAGAGCCUGGAGUGCGUGCCGACCGAGUGCCACAACGUCACCAUGCAGAUAAUGAGAAUCAAACCUCACAUAAGCCAGCUCAUCAUCGAAAUGAGCUUCCAGCAGCACAGUCAGUGUGAGUGCAGACCAAAGAAAGACGUAAAAAGCAAGCAGGAAAAAAAAGCAAAGCGAGGAAAGGGCCUUAAAAGAAAGCGCAAGAAAAUCCGGUACAAACCACAACGCUUUCAUUGUGAGCCUUGCACAGAGAGGAGAAAACACUUGUUUGUCCAAGACCCCCAGACCUGUAAAUGUUCCUGUAAAUACACAGACUCACGUUGCAAAACGAGGCAGCUUGAGUUAAACGAAAGGACUUGCAGUAGGAGAGACAAGAAGCCUAGAGCAGGACAACCCUAUGGGGCCCCUCUUUCUGCUGACCUCGCUCACUAACGCGCUCUGCCACCUCUGUGCAGCAAAAUGUGAAAAGCCAAGACGGUGAAAAACGGAGAAAAGUCUCCCCGAGAGAGACGAGACAGAAUCGAAAUGAAGGAAUACACGUAGCACAGCACUUUGAUACCUAAGCAUUCCGGAACGAGGGAGAAGAUGACGCUACCAUCCGCUAAAACCAUUUCUCCUUCUCAUAUCAAAUUCGAUGCUGCUAAAACACCGAGAGCCAGAACAGCGGGGUCAUAUAUAUACAUGUUUUUUUUUUGUUUGUAUUUUUUUGGGGGGAUUCCUAUAAUUAUAUUAUUAUUAUUAUAAGUAAAUAUAGAUAUCUAUAUAUAUAUGUAUAUAUCUAUAUGGGAUUUUUUUUUCUAUAUGUGUACUUGCUGGACUCUUUUGGCCAAUCUUUAGUAAUAAUAAUAAUUAUUAUUUUUGAAGCUGACAUGUGGGGUUUAGCUGUUGAAAAGAGGCUAAACCCUAAUAUUAUUCACUUUUCUGCAUGGAUGUUUGGGUUGGUUUUUUUUUUAUGUCACUAUCUACGCUAAACCCGCAUUUACAAGACGAAAAAUAACAAGUCAAAGGUCAAAGUAGCCCUGCUGAGAACGGCUGAAUUCGAUCCUCUCGGAAAACCCAGCCCAUGCGCUCUACAGAGAGAAAGAGAGAGACUGGAGAGAGAAGGUUAUGGUGGAACCCGACGGCGCCAUGUUUUCUGGCCCUGCUAUCACGGAAAGAUGGUGUGUUCAAACAUUUAGACUCUGGGUCUUUUGCAGCAACGAGCCCAAAGUCUUCUUCAAACCACACAAAAAAAUAUCUACAAAAGGAAAGAAAGGUUUCAUUUAUGUGACCUCUUGGCUCCGUUAUACCAGGCAGGUGCUGAGCCAGUUCCAAUCUCAUCUCUGUGCUCUUACAACGUCCGGGAUUUCAGAGGAAAGAUAAAGAGUGUGGACCAAAUUCAACGCCACGUGGUACAUGGAGAUAUCAUUUCGAGACUGGUCUGCUUCCGUGGAGGGAGACCACCGUCAAAGUGGAACUGUGUAAAUUGAGUAACUGCUCCGUGAGGAAGACUCACUCAUAAUGAGUGGAAUUGCUAUAAUAUGAGUAAGACUCACUCAGUGAGUGAGCAUUGUUUUCUGGAUGACUUUUUUUGAAUGAGUGAGGCUGCCUUCCAGGGAUUUUGCUCUCAGACUCCACACUCGGAAGGGGUUUCUUUAUUCCAAUCACAGAACCAGGACUGGCUCAGCGUGUCUGAAAAUCCAACGCCACACCUGGAAUCUCGUCAGAAACGCACGAAAAACAAAAA